UGAAUUGGCAUCUACAAAAUCCUCUCACCACAUAUAUAAUCCCAUUUUCCUCACCCCACACACAUAACACACCGUUUCUCUGCUCUUCCGCCACCAUGAACAACCGCGAUUGGGUUGAAGCCGCUCUUAUGAACCAGUCCGUGGUGGCUGAGCUGCUGAUUCGGCUCAAGUACUCCGACCCCGCUCCGAUGCGGAGCUCUCAUGGAGUUGCCGUCGACUGGAGCGUCCGACAGCGUCGCUCCAAGCAGAUACUCAAGGAAAAAGGCGAGCCCGCCAGAGACAGCCCCAGUACGCCGCUUUCUUGGAGAAGCGCCACCUCCGCUAGCGGUGGCGCUACGGACGUCGAGGAUUCCACCCGAGCCGAUAAGGCAUCCGACAUGAGAUCUAAGAAUAUUGCUGUCGGUGAAUCAUCUAACAUCAGGAAGCAACGAAAGAGAAAGACUUUUGCUGAACUUAAAGAGGAGGAGGAGUUGCUGCUGAAGGAAAGGAAUCAUCUGCAGAUGGAACUGCAAACUUUCACUAUGAAUUUGAAAAAACAGAGAGCAAAAAAUGAACACUUGAAAAGAGUGAAGCUUGGUACACAAUCACCUCCUGCAAAGAAGGCAGUUGCCCCAUCUCUUGCAUUCAAACCUGUGGCUGAUCAACCAGCUCCAAUGGUGCCCACAACAGUCUCAGGCAGUGGUGAGUAUGCUGUACCACACCAAUAUUUACCUAAUGGUUCUUCAAAAGUUCAAGCUGUAGUGAAAAAGGAGCCUAGAUUCCUGCUACCUGACCUAAACCAGCCUCUGGAGGAGGAUUUCAGCUCUUAGGGUAUAUGGGAAUGAGCCAAGAAUGAUAAAUUUUAUAGGGAUGUUCCUUUGGUAAAUGAAGUGGAACCAAGAUCGGCGAAAAGGUUUAAUGCUUAAUAAAGGAGUAGCCCAAUUAUGAUAAAGAUUAGUUCUUGUAAUUACAGAAGCAUGUGGCUUUGCCAGAUCUUGAGUAGACUCUGGAAGUUUUUAAAUUUCUUUUACACACAGGAAGGUAGUGGGGCAGUGUAGAGAUCCUAACCCAGUAGACCCAAUCACAUUCUUUUCUUUCACAGUUAGGGCCAACCCUCAUUCCUUCUGUUUUCAUUUGGAAAAAACUACAUAUAAUGAGUAAUUCUUUCUAUUGAUAAUCUAAUGCUUGGACACCUUCAAUUCUGAA